AUGGAGAUCUGUUAUUCAAAAACCAUCUCCUGUCUCAUCUCUCGUCACAGGAUCUCCUCCUCCUCCUCCUCCUUUAAUUUGAAUCGCGCACUUCUUCCUUUCAGACACUCUUCCAUUCCCCUCCGAAUCAAUCCAGGAUGUCUGAAUUACAGUAGAUCUUCUCUAGAGAUAUCGACUGAUUCAUUUGAACAAGGACAACAACCACUUCAAACCAAAUCGUAUUCGGACAAAGAGGAGAUUGUUACUCUUACAGAAGCAGAAGCAGAAGCAUUUCCAUUUAUGAUGGAUAAGCUCGCUGCUAUAAAGUGGGAUUUUGACAAGUAUUCACUUCUUUUGCUCGGAUUUGGUGCAUUAGUGGCUCUGUGGUUGGCGACAGCAGUUGUAGCUGCUGUCAACACUAUUCCAUUGGUUCCAAAAUUUCUGGAGAUGGUUGGUCUUUCCUACACAUUAUGGUUCAGCACUAGAUUUCUAAUCUUUAAGGAAAAUAGGAUAGAAUUAGUGGGCAAAAUCGAAGAGGUGAAGCGUCGGGUUAUUGGUUCAACCGAUGAUUGAUCGCAACAAAAUCAGUUUUCUUUUUUGAAUUGUACAAAGAAUACAUAUCUCAUAACUGGCUAUUCCUAUUGAAAAUAAACAA